AUGACCGGGCCGGCGUCGUACGUUGCCCCGUUAACUCUGGCCCUCGCCCCGCUAACUCUGGCCCUCGCCGCGCUGCUCUGGCCCUCGUCCCACUGCCUUGCCAUGACCGCGACCGGAGGCCCAGGCCACAGCCGAGAUGACUUCAACUAUUUCGCCUACGGCAGCAACUUGCUGCGGGGGCGGCUGCUGCUCCAGAACCCCACGGCGGUGCAAGUGUCCGUGGGCUGCUUGAAGGGCUACAGACUUGCAUUUGGCCAAAUAAUUGGAAAUUCAAGUCGAUGGGGAGGAGCUGUGGCCACUAUUAUACCAAGUCCUAAUGAAGAAGUAUGGGGAGUUAUAUGGUGUUUGAAAGCCGCCAAUCGACAGUCUUUGGAUGAUCAAGAAGGUGUUGAGGAAGGAAUCUACAGUCCAAUGGAAGUUCAAGUUGAGCAGAAAGAUAGAGAAGGAGGAGAAAUUAUUUGUCUGACCUAUCAGAUGAAUCAUUUUAAUGCCUCCCUCACAUCACCACUUUACAAAGAGGUGAUCAUCAGAGGGGCAAGAGAAAGUGGGCUGCCUUCUGAAUAUAUAAAGAAGUUGGAUACCAUAUUGACCAAUAAUUUCAAUGAAACCACGCCAUUUACGAUGCAAAUUAGUGAGAUUUUGCUUCAACAACAAAACAAUACAGCCACAUAAAACGUUCUUUUUCUUUUUCUGAAAGGAUACAUGUGUGUUUAAAUUUGGUCAUCAGAGGAUUAUAUUGAAGUGAAUUUGGAGAAAUUUUAAAACUGGACUGAUAUUUGAGAUUUACCUCAAUAAUUUUCCAAGUUUGUGCACAUUUUAAUUUUCAUUGAGGUAGGGGAGGCUUCGAAAUCACCUUUUCUCUGACUAAUAUUUUAAAUUAGCAUCUAAUGAUUUUGUGCUUUAUAUAUAUUUUAACAUGUUGUUCUUAGAAAAAAUGCUUGGAAACUGUGAUUCCUUAGCCUUUAAUUGUAAAGCACUUUUUGCCAUUGUCCAAUCAUCUUUUAAUAACAUAACCACUAUCUAUUUGCGCUGUAACUGAUGGAUUGGGGUCCUUUGUAUUAGUUUCAUUAUUAUAUUAUUGAAGUCCUUGAGCACGUA